CAAGCGCAUAUAGAGCACUCGGGUGGUUCGGUCCUGUCCAUUCCUCUCCAAAAUGUUGGCCUCAAUCCUGCUGCUGCUCUGUGUUUUCUUCAUCAUUUAUAAUUUCAUGUGCCUUAGGCCCAAGAAUUUUCCACCUGGUCCUACAAUCGUGCCUGUCCUGGGAAACAUACUGAGCCUGAGCUUGGAGAACCCCCUGCAAGACUUUGAAAGGCUGAGGAAGGCAUAUGGAAAUGUUUAUAGUUUGUACCUUGGGCGAAAACCAGCUGUUAUUGUCAACGGAGUUCAUGCUUUGAAAGAGGCUUUGGUGUCUAAGGCUACAGAUUUUGCUGGAAGACCCCAAGACCUUUACGUCAACGACACCACAAAUAGAAAAGGAGUGAUCCUGGCUGACUAUGGCUUAAGUUGGAAGGAACAUCGUCGCUUUGCUCUGAUGACGUUGAGGGACUUUGGUCUUGGGAAGAACUCAAUGGAGGAGAGGAUUCUGGGAGAGAUUGAGUUUAUCAUGAAAACACUGGAAACGAGUAUUGGCAAAACUUUGAGUCCUCAGCUUAUGUUCCAUAAUGCAUCCUCCAACAUCAUUUGCCAAGUUCUGUUUGGUCGUCGCUACGAUUAUGAUGAUGAGUUCAUCAAAGUGAUUGUUCAAUGUUUCACGGAGAAUGCCAAGUUGGCAAAUGGACCGUGGGCUAUGCUCUAUGACUCCUUUCCAAUGAUUCGUAGUCUGCCACUGCCCUUCAUGAAGGCCUUUGAGAAUGUCAAGACUUGCCAAAAAAUUGCAAGGCGCGUGUUGGCUGAGCACAAGAGUACCAAAGUUACAGGACAACCACGAGACUUCAUGGACUGCUAUCUGGAUGAACUGGAAAAGGGAGCUGAUGAAAAGUCCUCAUUUUCAGAGGAUCAGCUCCUCAUGUACGCUCUGGACCUUCACUUUGCCGGGACAGAUACCACAUCUAACACCCUUCUGACUGGAUUCCUCUAUCUUACGACCCACCCACACAUACAAGAACAUUGCCAACAGGAAAUAGAUCAGGUGUUAGAAGGGAAGGAUCAAGUGUCUUUUGAUGACAGACAUAACAUGCCAUACAUGCAGGCUGUAAUCCAUGAAGUGCAGAGAAUAGCCAACACUGUGCCACUUAGUGUCUUUCACUGUACAACAAAAAACACAGAGCUAAUGGGAUAUUCCAUUCCUAAGGGAACAAUGAUCAUCCCAAACCUGUCAUCAGUGCUGCACGAGGAAGGCCAGUGGAAAAGUCCUCAUCAAUUCAACCCUGAGAACUUCCUCAAUGGCCAGGGGGAGUUUGUAAAACCCGAAGCUUUCAUGCCUUUUUCUGCAGGUCCUCGCAUGUGUCUCGGUGAAGGUCUGGCUCGCAUGGAGCUAUUCCUCAUCAUGGUGACUCUCCUGAGGAAGUUCAAGUUCAUGUGGCCUGAAGAUGCCGGAGAACCAGACUUCACUCCUGUCUAUGGAGUCACUCUUACUCCUAAGCCUUAUCACAUGAAGAUCACACUCAGGGCUUAGUAGUGCAGCUGCCUGUAAUCCUUCCUCCCACCUAUCCAUCAAACCAUCCAUCCAUCCACCCUUCUAACCAUCCAUCCAUGCAAGCCUCCGUCUUACAAGCGCCCAUCCAUCCAUGCAAGCAAACAUAAAUAAAUAAAUGAUAAAUGGGU